UGACUGGGGAAAAGAUUGGGAAUUUUUUGUUCUUCCUUUUCUCUUCUUUGGAAGACGGGCAGUUCCAAUGGAAUCUUUUUGGGUCUUUUACGGACAAAAAGUUCAGUUGCAGCUAGAUCAGCAGUCAAUCCUUGCAGCCAAGAUACUGGGAUACAUUACCAAUUGCACUGUCAUAUGUAAACUCACACACUAUAAUUCAUUAAUUGGAAUUUCUCCUUAAAACAAACCCAAACCCUACCCGGGAGAAAAAGUGGUAGAGUGAAUGAACAAUUUGAAAACUCCCUAUUCAAGCUGUAAGCUAUAAAAGAAGAACUACUCACAAUGAAGGAGCAUCAGUCUAGUUAAAGCAACUACCAGUCUAUUGGAGUAUCUCUCUCUCUUUUCAAGAUGUCUGUAACUAUAUUUAUAUUACUUAUUGGCUGUAUAUGCACUUGUACCAUAGUACUCUCCUCACCUGUUGGAAGCAUUGGACCAAUGGCUGCAUCAGAUCUUCCACCAUCAUUAGAAGAAUCUCUAGAGAAUAAUACAAAUGCAAUAUUGGGAAGUGGUGGGUCUGCUUCCCCUCCUCCCUCACCACCCUCUUCUUCUGUUUCCGGCAAAGUUAAGCCCUCGUCAAGUUGUACUUAUUCUCAUGGCUCAAGUCAGUAUCAAACCGCUAGCACCUUAUCUCAAGUACUUUUAAAUAAGAAACUAUCUGCAAUCUACAAACCACUUAUGGACGUUGGGAAAACAGUCUGGGGCUCUGACUUUGACCCUUACACUACAACUACUACACAGAGCAAUAUAGUGAUGUCCACUCAGCCAAGUACACUAUUUGACUGCUCAGCCACUUUGCAAUCACUGAGUAAUGCAGUACCGCUAAUGGGAUGUUAUUUUGAUAUACUGACAGCAAUACUUGGUAAUUUCACUACUGACACUGUGCACAACACUACAUCUGCAUGGACUGCUGUCAGACAGCUAGUAUAUGAUUCUUAUGCUAAUAUUGUUGUGAUUAACAAUUUGAGAGGCUUAGUAGCAACUUUUCCUUGCACUAAAACAGCUGCUUCCGUGGGAUGUGCUGUGAAUUAUGAUGAUGCCAGUAAUGAUCAAUAUCAGUGCAGUUCUCCUCAGUGUCUCAAUACUAAAUACUACAAGUAUGCUGUAGUGUCUGUACCAGUUGCAGUAUCGUUUCAUCAUAUUGAGGGCACUAUCACAAGAUUCACACAGCUUUGUCUGGCUGGAGGCAAAAAGGAUUGAUCAAAACCUGCUACUAAAUUAUUUCGAAUGCUAAAUAACUCUUAGUUAGACAUUUUCUUUUCUUUUUUUUAUUUGUUAAUUCAAUUUAGUUAAACUAUCA